AUGAUCGUGGUGGUCCCUGAGCCAGACCGAGGAAGGCUAACCCCCUCCCCAGACAUCAUUGUUUUGUCUGAUAAUGAGGCUUCCAGUCCCCGUUCCAGCUCCAGAAUGGAAGAAAGACUCAAAGCAGCCAACCUAGAGAUGUUUAAGGGGAAAGGCAUUGAGGAACGGCAACAGCUCAUCAAGCAGCUGAGGGAUGAACUACGAUUGGAAGAAGCCCGACUGGUGCUAUUAAAGAAACUGAGACAGAGUCAGCUACAGAAAGAAAAUGUGGUCCAGAAGACUCCAGUUGUACAGAAUGCAGCAUCUAUUGUUCAGCCAUCUCCUGCCCAUGUGGGACAGCAGGGCCUAUCCAAGCUUCCCUCCCGGCCUGGGGCCCAAGGGGUUGAACCUCAAAAUUUGAGAACAUUACAGGGUCACAGUGUCAUCCGUUCAGCAACCAAUACCACCCUCCCACACAUGUUGAUGUCUCAACGUGUUAUUGCACCAAACCCAGCCCAACUACAGGGUCAGCGGGGCCCACCCAAACCUGGCCUUGUCCGCACCACAACGCCCAACAUGAAUCCCGCCAUUAAUUACCAACCGCAGUCAAGUUCUUCCGUUCCCUGUCAACGUACAACAUCCUCUGCCAUCUAUAUGAACCUUGCCUCUCAUAUCCAGCCAGGGACCGUGAACAGAGUGUCCUCACCACUUCCUAGCCCCAGCGCCAUGACCGAUGCUGCCAACUCACAGGCUGCAGCCAAAUUGGCUCUUCGCAAACAGCUGGAAAAGACACUCCUGGAGAUACCGCCCCCUAAACCUCCUGCUCCUUUGCUUCACUUCCUGCCUAGUGCAGCGAAUAGUGAAUUCAUCUACAUGGUAGGCUUGGAAGAAGUCGUACAGAGUGUCAUAGACAGCCAAGGCAAAAGCUGUGCCUCACUUCUGCGGGUCGAACCCUUUGUAUGUGCCCAGUGCCGCACAGAUUUCACCCCUCACUGGAAGCAAGAAAAGAAUGGUAAGAUUCUGUGUGAGCAGUGUAUGACCUCCAACCAGAAGAAGGCUCUAAAAGCUGAACACACCAACCGGCUGAAAAAUGCUUUUGUUAAAGCCCUACAGCAGGAACAGGAAAUUGAACAGCGAUUACAGCAGCAGGCAGCCCUCUCCCCUACUACGGCUCCAACUGUAUCCAGUGUCAGUAAACAAGAGACCAUCAUGAGACAUCAUACACUUCGGCAGGCUCCACAGCCCCAGAGCAGCCUCCAGCGUGGCAUACCAACAUCUGCCCGCUCCAUGCUUUCAAACUUUGCACAGGCACCCCAAUUGUCUGUGCCAGGUGGCCUCCUUGGUAUGCCAGGUGUCAACAUUGCAUACUUGAAUACUGGCAUCGGAGGACACAAAGCCCCCAGUUUGGCAGAUCGACAGCGUGAAUACCUUUUAGACAUGAUCCCUCCCCGGUCUAUAUCGCAGUCCAUCAGUGGACAGAAAUAACGCCUGUUCCACUUGUACUGCCCCAACCUUGAAUCCUUUACCCCUUUCCUCUCCCAUUCCCCCAACUUCCGUCGCAUGCAGUGCCUGUACUGGUGCCUACCAUACACGGAAAGAAAAACAGAAGACAAAAAAAAUAGAAAUCAAGAAAACACACGCCCUGCCCCACCAAGUCCCCUUUAUUUCACGCUGCUGCGAUCUGUUCUUCUGCCGCUCUGUCUUCUCUCUUUGAUUUUAACAGUUAGGUGGAUCUUUACCUCUGAUAGAGGUGGGAAUGAGGUCCUGGGGAGAAUCUAAGCCCUCCAACAUGUGUUUCUAAAGUUUGUUUUAUUCUAUAAUUAUUAUCAUUUUUAAUCGUGUUAUGUGUCCUCCCUUUGUUCAGUGGACGGUUAAACCUUCCCCCUGCCCCAA